GGGUUUGGGAGACCCGGGGACGGGGGUUUGGGAGACCCGGGGACAGGAGUUUGGGAGACCCGCGGACGGGGUCUGUGAUGAGCAAAACUUGAAUAGAUCCUCACCGUCUUUUCUUUCAAAGCGAGAAGGGACAGAUGCAGAGAAGAAUCAGUCAACGGAUGAGACGAGGCCAUCGACCACAACUUACAAUGUAAAAGACCCCAAGCAGGACGGAUCACAGAAGACCACCCUGAGGAACUUAUUCUCUUCUUUGAGAAGAAAUACUCCAGAGGCCAACCCUCUGCAGGAGCCGUCCAGCCUGGGAGAAAGUCUGAAGUUAGAAGAGGUAAUCGGGUGGGAGAGGAGAGAUGCCACCGUCAGCUUCGAAGCCUGCCGCAUCGACCCCUCGCCCUACCAGCUGGUAGAGAAGACGUCGCUGCAGAAGACGCACACCCUCUUCAGCCUCCUGGGACUGGACCGAGCGUACGUCACCAGCAUGGGCAAGCUGGUCGGGGUGGUGGCCCUGAAGGAG